GCUACUCAUUCCGUAGUUCGGGUUGUGCGUACGUCUCUAAUAACAGUUUUACUAAUUUUUAAAAAUGCAUUUUCUAACUAAAGAAUUUGUUCGACUGAUCCAAUUGCAACUUCUGCUCUACAUCAACGUUUUAACCAUUGCCCAACCGUCGGUCGAAAUAAAUUGCACAUACGCACAUAAAAUGUUGGGAAUACAGAGCGUCAUCCUCGGCAUAUUUUAUGAAUGCUUCAGCAACGAGACCAUAAAUGUAUCUGAACGAAACACGGCCGUGACCAAUGUGACCGGAAUGCACCUCCACACCUUGAAUAAUUCGAAUGUCCAGGGAAUUCACAUCAUCGGCGCUUCGUAUCUACCGACAGGCCUAGCGAAAUUUUUCCCAAACUUGAUUGGGCUCAGUGUGGAACAACAUUUGAAAGAAAUUACGAAAAAUGAUUUGGAACCAUUUCCGAACCUAAUUCAUCUGUGGUUGGUUCGUAAUCCAUUGGAAGUAAUCGAAAAGGAUCUUUUCAUGUACAAUCCAGACUUAGCGUACAUUUCGUUGAGACAAAAUUUUAUCAAAGAAAUCGAUUCGAAUGUUUUCGAUCACCUCGAUCGGCUAUCAAUACUUGAGCUCGAUCGCAAUGAAUGCAUAAACGAUAAUGCAGCUGGACGUUAUGACGUAAUGCGCCUCAUUAAACAAAUUAAGGAAAAAUGUGUAGUGGAACAAACAACUGAAACAACCGGUCCAGUCACAGCCCCUGCUAAAAUGAAAAUUACCCAACAAGAGCUAUUGAACGAAAAGGAAAUACUGACCGGAAAAGUGCACUUUUGGAAAAUUUUCAGCAUUGUCCUUUUGUUAAUAGCGGUGUUUGUGACGAUAGUUGUAAUGGGCGUGUUCAUCCAAAGGCAUGGUGGACAUAGUGUAAUGAAAUUCGUUUUAUUUAGAAAUUCUUAAAUUUAAACGAAAUAAAAUUAUAAUUUUACUCG